GGGCUGUACCGUUGCAAGUGAGAUUAACAACAGUAUAAAUUCCUAACUGAUUGGCUGCUGACUGUUAGUUAAUAGUUACAUUGGAAAGAGUGAUGUUUGUCUGAACGUUCUCCAUUUUAUAAUUGUUAAGUUUUAUUUACAUCUAUCAUUUGAUGAUUUUUGCUUGCCUAACCAUUCAAGCAAUUCAAGUGAAAGUACACUCCAUUUCUUUGGAAUUGGAACAAAUCCGUUGGACAGAUUCGUGAGCAGAACAGGCCAAUUUAUCUUGCAAAGAUCGAAAAUCAAAAACGAGAAAAACAACGAAGAUUAUUUUACUGACGUAACAUUAAUGUACAGAAGUUAUUCAUUGAAGAAAUAUAUUAAAAAUUGGAUGACGAUGUCAUUCCGCUAUACAAAGGAUAACAAUCGUCUUACGACGGAGCAAAGAAUAUUCUAUGAGAAGAAUGGAUAUAUAGUAUUUCCUAACUUCGUACCGCAAAAUAUACUCGACAAAUGUAGCAAAAGAUUUGAUGAUAUUGUCGCAGAUAGAGUUUCACGAGAGGGUAUUACAGUAAUGUAUGAUGUGAAAGACAAGAAAUCGGUUAAUAAAUUGCAAGACAUAGCGCAGGAUCCGGUGUUCCGCGAAUACAUUGAAUACAAAGAAAUUCUUGACGUAAUUGAAUGUUUCACGGGACCAAAUAUUCUAGCAAUACACAGUAUGCUCAUCGCGAAGCCGCCCGACAUCGGAUAUGGAAGUUCGAGGCAUCCGCCGCACCAAGACAUGUACUACUUCCCAUUGCGUCCAAUCGACCGAAUAGCGGCUGUAUGGACGGCCAUGGAAACCUGCGAUAGCACAAACGGAUGUCUAUACGUAGCACCCGGAACACAUCGAAUAGGAAAAGUGCUUAAUCACGAUUAUCCUCCAAGUACAGAAGGGCCAAUAAACAAGUUUUAUCAUGGUAUUCAGGAUUUGCCAAAUGAGAUGAAAAAUUGGGUCAAUUUGGAGAUGAAAGUCGGUGAUACAGUGUUUUUCCAUCCAUUGCUUAUUCACGGAUCCGGAGUGAAUAAAUCUAAGAACUCAAGACGGGCGAUUUCUUCUCAUUACGCAGCGGCCGAGUGCACUGUAGUCGAGACGAAUUCGGCUCAGGAACCUAUCAAGAAAGAGGUCUUGGAGUUUGCAACUAAAAAAUUUCCAGGUAUAACUUUGACAUACGAGGAUAUAUGGCGCUUUAAAUCCUCGCUCGUGCGUGGACUACGAUCCUCAUUUUUAAAGGUUUAACAAUUUAAUUACUCAAUGUGUAUUUCAAAAUUAUGAUGUAAUGUUAACAUACAGUU